AUGUCUCUGGAAUUCACACAAACAAUCAUCAACGCUGGACUUGGAGACAAGGACGCGGGCACCCUGUACGAGGAAAGCAAAGGUGCACCCAAGCUGCCAUGGAUUGGCGCCAUAAAGCGGUUCAACAAGGAGAUUCAGAGGGUCAGUGCAGAGUGGGUCAUCUCAGCGCUCUGGAACGUCGCCACGGAACUCGAUAUCGGUCAUUUGUACUGCUACAGCCUUGGCACUCUACAGGACUACUCUCUGGCCAUGACUUGGUACUUUAAGGCUGAUCGCCGGGGAAGUGUGGUCGCCCGGUACGACGUCUGUCAGAUGUUUGAAAUUGGUCAAGGCAACUCCCAGGCUCUAGAGUGGUAUCUACGGGCGUCCAACCAAGGUUUCGCAAAGGCCUAA